AAAACUAUUGUGAAAGAAACUACCCAGGAACAAAGUACCUCGGUCAACAGUACCCCGGAACAAAAUACCUCAGGGGAAAGUAACCCUGAAGAAUCUGCUAUGGAGCAAAAUAGCUCACUGGAGAAAAAUACCUCUGAACAAAGUGCCAGGGAACAAAUGUCCUCGAAACAAAGUAUCCCGGAGAAAAGAACCCCUGGAAAUCAUCCCGUACUGUUGACAAGUCCACUAGUUUAUACGCCUCAGCAUGUACUCUGGAAACUACCAAACCUGCUCUGGAAGCCAGGAAAUCUAGUUAAUUCUAGCAGUCUAGAAAAAAGUAAAACUGGAUAUGCAGGUCUGGAAACUGGUAAAACUGAUUCUACCACUCCAGAAAUGAUCGCCAGUACUAGUAGUGCGGGCUCAUCGGGAAUUCAGCAGAGACUGUCAGCCGAAGAACAGGCGCAAGAUCCUCUGGGAAAGGCAAAAAAAAAAAGAGAGCAAGACAAUGAUGGAUAA